AACCAGAGGAGUCGCCCCCUGGUGGUCUGGAUCAGCUACGCCAAGUACGAGCUGUCCAUCAACAGCUCCGAGCGGCUGCAGAAGUGCCGGCAGAUCUUGGAGGAGGCCAACAAGGGCAUGAGGAACUGCGAGGAGAAGGAGGAGCGGCUGAUGCUGCUGGAGUCCUGGAGGGACUUUGAGAGGGAGUUCGGGUCCGAGAGCUCGAUGGAGAGGGUGAGGAAGCUGCUGCCGGACAAGGUGAAGAAGAGGAGGAAGCUGACGGCCGAGGACGGGUCGGACGCCGGCUGGGAGGAGUACUACGACUACAUCUUCCCAGAGGACGCCGCCAACCAGCCCAACCUCAAGCUGCUGGCCAUGGCCAAGAUGUGGAAGAGGCAGCAGAUGGUGGACGAGGACGGCGACGAGGACGGAGGAAACGAGGACAGAGGAGACGAGGACGGAGGAAACGAGGGCGAAGAAAACGGCGACGGGGGCGAGAAAAGUCCCGAGGAGGCCGAAGAGACGGACGAACCCGCCGGCCGCUCCUGA